CUCUGGGGCCGUGAUUGGGCGGCGCGGGCGCAGUCGGCAGCGCAGCCCAGCCGCAGCCAUGCCGGUGGACCUGGGGCAGUGGAACGGGCCGCUGAGCCUCAGCGAGGUGGAGCAGAAGCCGGCACAGCCGCUGCGGGUCAAGUACGGCUCCGUGGAGAUCGACGAGCUGGGCAAGGUGCUCACUCCCACGCAGGUCCAGCAUCGCCCCACCAGCAUUGAAUGGGAUGGCUGCGAUCCGCAGAAGCUGUACACGCUGGUUCUCACAGACCCAGAUGCUCCCAGUAGGAAGGACCCAAAGUUCAGGGAAUGGCAUCACUUUCUGGUGACCAACAUGAAAGGCAACGACGUGGGGAGUGGAACUGUGCUGUCAGAUUAUGUUGGUUCUGGCCCUCCCAAAGGAACAGGGCUGCACCGCUACGUGUGGCUGGUGUACGAGCAGCCGAAGCAGCUGGCCUGCAACGAGCCCAUCCUCUCCAACCGCUCUGGCGACAAACGAGGCAAGUUCAAGGUGGCUUCCUUCCGCAGCAAGUACGAGCUGGGGGUGCCCGUGGCUGGCACUUGCUACCAGGCAGAGUGGGACGACUACGUGCCGAAGCUCUACGAGCAGCUGUCGGGGAAGUAGGGCCAGAAGAGCUGGAGAAGCACUGUGCAGCACCCCCGCAGCCCUGGAGACCAGGCAGGUCGCAGCAUGUCGCUGUAGUUUUGUUUGGUUAGUGAGUUGAACCCGAGGGCUCCUGUGUGACCACUGGAGCUGCCACCCUGUCCCUGUCCUUGGCCUGAGCCUGCUUCCUCGCUCCAGGCCUGUGCCCUGCUUUAGCUGACUAACUGUAGGUGCAGGCAGGCGCUAGCUACAUGAGCUGCUGACAAGCAGGUCCCCUUACAGGACCCCUUAAGGGAAACCAGAGCCUUUAGGAGCCAGUGCCACUUCAAUGUGCCUUUGCUGUACUGAAAGGGUGGCGUGGGGCAGUGGUGUGGGUACAGAACCACUUUGGGUUGGUGCUGGCUGGAGUCUCCCCUUUCCAGGAGAGGAGAUGGCAGGCAAAGGGCAGUGCCACCCUUUUUGCUUUUUCAUUUUAAACCUCGGCUGGCCAGUGCCUGCCCUUCAGCCAGGUGAACCACUAGAGCAGUGCAGGUGGAGCUGGCAGGAGGCAGGGCAGCUGGUUUAUAGCAGUAUUUUCUGUCCUCUGUUGCCACUCGAAGCUGAGACCACUUCACUUCUGUUUGUUCCAUUGUGACCUGAUGUUAACAUGCACAGUGCAAUUAAACCUGCCAAGGUGGA